AUGGAUAAUCGCUCUUCCAUUGCUUUAAAGAAUUAUUAUUUAGAAUCUCAUAGAAAAUACUUAAGUAUAGUGAAUAUUGAAGAUAAUGUAAAAAAUAUCUUAAAGAUCAAAUAUACCGAAGAUAUAAAUAUAAUUAGAGAAAAGGAAUAUAUAAAUGAUAAUUAUGUAAUAGAAAAUAAUAAUAAAAAUAAAUUUCUGUUUCAUGGAUGUUUAGGCAUAAUAAAAGCAGAAGAUAUAAAUUUUUUGGUAAUAGUUUCUGAGGCAGAAGUAGUAUGUUAUUUAUUUAAUCGUGCAGUAUAUAGAAUUAAUAAAUUUUCCUUUGUCCAAUUGAACGAUAAUAAUUUGAGUAGGAAUCCUAAUGAGAAUUAUGAAUAUGAGAUAUAUUGCUUAGGGACUAAUGGGAAUUUAACCCAAGUAAAUAAUAAUACAAAAAAAGAAAAUAGAAAAUUUUUUUGUAAUAAAAAAAAAAAGCAGAGACCGAACUAUUUGGAUAAUAUUUUUGAAUCCCAAAAUGUUUUUUUUGAUAGAUGUAUUUUAAAGUAUAAUAUAUUUAAUUAUUAUGAUGCUUAUAUUCAUAAAUUUAAAAAUAGCACAUUAAAAAAAGAUAUAUUAAAAACAAUAAUAUAUUUUUUACAUGCUUUUAAUAAAGGCCCAUUUUAUUUUUCAUAUUAUUAUAAUUUAACUAUUUCUCUUCAAAAUCAUUACAUAAAUGAAUCAAAGAAAAUAAAGGAAAUGAAUAAAGAGCAUUCUCAUAUAUAUAAUUCUGAGGAGAAUUGCAAUAUUUCUAUUAAAAAUUCCAUGAACUAUUUUAAUGAUUUCAAAAAAUUAAAAUUUUCAGAAAUUAAUAAAGAAUAUACAUGGAAUUGGAAACUAUUAGAUAAAUUUGCUGAAAUAGAUGCAUCUGACUUUGUUUUAUUUUUGAUUCAUGGAUAUGUUGACUCAAAAGUGUUACAUGUAUAUAAUAAUAAAAUUAUUUUAUAUUUAAUAUCAAGAAAAAAUAGAAACAGAAGCGGUGUAAGGUUUUGGUGUAGAGGAGGAAAUAAAAAAGGAGAUGUAGCUAAUUUCGUUGAAACAGAACAAAUAGUUAUUUGCAAAGACUCAAAAAAACUAAACGUUUUUAGUUAUUUAUUAAUUAGAGGAUCAAUACCUGUCUUAUGGAAACAGCAACCAACUUUAAGGAUAAGACCAAGAAUACAUAUAUGUUCAGAUAUGAAUGAAAAUAUUAAUAUUUUAAAAUUACAUAUGGAAAAAUUAAAAAAUACUUAUGGAAAAAUUUCUAUUACCAAUUUAAUAAAUAAAAAAUUUGGUGAAAAAUACUUAGGAGAAUGCUUUGAAAUAUGUUUAAAAAAAUGUAAUGUAGAACAUAACUUUACUUGGUUUGAUUUUCAUAGAGAAUUUAAAAAAUUAAAUUUUGAAACAUUACAGAAAUCAUUAAAAACAGUAGUAAAUGAUUUAAAUAACUUUUCAUAUUUUUCUUUUUCUAUACCUAAUACUCUUAAUAAUCUAGAACAUGAGCACUUUUCAUGGGAAAAUGUAAACGUUCAUAGUUUUCAAAAAGGAAUAUUUCGAGUAAAUUGUAUUGAUUGCUUAGAUAGAACAAAUGUUUUUCAAAGCUUUUUAGCGAAAUACGUUUUAUUUUUACAAUUAAAAAGUAUAAAUAUAAAAUUAGAGCAAAAUAACAAGUUUCCUUAUUAUUUCUUUAAAAAUGCAUAUGAUGAAAUAUUAUAUCGUAAAAUAUGGAUAAAUAAUGCUAAUGCUAUAAGCAAAAUAUACAGUGGAGCUGGCGCUUUAAAAAAUGAUAUAACACAAAAUGGUAAGAGAACAGUUAGUGGUUUGCUUCAAGAUUUAUAUUAUAUUAUACUAAGAUAUAUAAAUAACAAUUUCUUGGAUGGUUAUAAUAACGAUUGUAUAAAUAUAGCUACCAACGAAAAUUUAAAAUAUGCACAUAUUUUUAAUAUUCACAAAGGAAAUUAUAAUCAGUUAAUAAAAGUAUUAUUAGAAUUUAUUAUUAUUUUUUCUGCAUCUAUAUGUACUAAGCCAAUGCAGGAAUUGCUAAAAAGAGUUUAUUUUUUUUCACAUAAUUUUAUUAUUAACUCUUUUUCUCAUUGUGCUAAUUAUAUUUUUUUUUUUAUAAGGAAAAAUUUUCAUUUAUUUUUGUUUCCGUUAAAUCAAACAAAAUAUUUCAAUUUUAUUUCUAUCUUAGCAAAAACAUCAGGUGUUAUGUCUAUUUCUUUUUUAAUUUUCCUUCUUUUUUGUAUUUAUGUUUUCUUUCAAAAAAAAAGAGUUCUGUCAUCACCACAAUUAGACACUAAUAUUUGA